GGCGCAGUGGGAGGUUUGGCAAGAUGGCGGCGGGGCCAGUGAGGAGGCAGAGUCUGGAGAUGCUGUGAGGCAGCCAGAGAGAGGGACAGCGGCCGCGGAGAUACAAGGACCCGUGACAGCUCCCGUCACCGUUGUCGCAUAACCGGACCCCUCACCACCCGACCUCGAGAACCCGGGGAGGUGGCCGGACAGUGCGGGACACAUGAGCCGGAGCGGUCCCCGGGAAGCAGCGGCGGCGGCAGCAGAGGAAGCAGCCGGGGGCUCCUGAGGGCCGAGAGCAGGGCCCCUGAGGGCCCGAGCUCAGGAUGAAGUUCGCGGAGCAUCUGUCCGCGCACAUCACGCCGGAGUGGAGGAAGCAGUACAUUCAGUAUGAGGCUUUCAAGGAGAUGCUGUAUGCAGCCCAAGAUCAGGCCCCAUCUAUAGAAGUAACUGAUGAGGAUACAGUAAAGCGAUAUUUUGCCAAGUUUGAAGAAAAAUUCUUCCAAACCUGUGAGAAGGAGCUUGCCAAAAUAAACACUUUUUAUUCAGAAAAAUUGGCAGAAGCUCAGCGACGCUCAGCCACCUUACAAAAUGAGCUGCAGUCCUCGCUGGAUGCACAAAGGGAGAACAGCAGAGCACCAGCCCUCCGGCAGCGCAGAAAGGCAGUGUUCACUCUGUCACAUGAAGAGAGAGUCCAACAUAGGAACAUCAGGGACCUAAAAUUGGCAUUCAGCGAGUUUUAUCUAAGCCUUAUUCUGCUGCAGAACUACCAGAAUCUUAACUUUACCGGCUUCCGCAAGAUCCUAAAGAAACAUGAUAAGAUCCUGGAGACAGGUCGUGGGGCAGACUGGCGUGUGGCUCAUGUGGAAGUGGCGCCAUUCUACACAUGCAAGAAAAUCAAUCAGUUGAUUUCGGAGACUGAGGCUGUAGUGACCAAUGAGUUGGAAGAUGGGGACAGACAGAAAGCCAUGAAACGCUUGCGUGUGCCACCUUUAGGAGCUGCCCAGCCUGCACCAGCAUGGACUACAUUCAGAGUGGGACUCUUUUGUGGGAUAUUUAUUGUUCUGAAUAUGGCUGUUGUUAUUGCAGGUGCCAUCAAGCUUCCAGGUACGGAUGUGUGGCCCUUAGUGAGGAUUUACAGGGGUGGCUUUCUGCUGGUGGAGUUUCUCUUUCUCUUGGGAAUCAAUACAUAUGGCUGGAGGCAAGCUGGUGUCAAUCACGUCCUCAUCUUUGAGCUCAAUCCGCGAAACAACCUCUCCCAUCAGCAUCUCUUUGAGAUUGCAGGCUUCCUUGGCAUGCUCUGGUGCCUCAGCCUCCUGUCCUGUAUCUUUGGAUCACAAUUCUAUGUGUACAUGCAAGUGAACCCUCUCCUACUCUAUGGCUUCAUGUUGCUGUUCCUUGUCAAUCCCACUAAGACCUUCUAUUACAAGUCUCGAUUCUGGCUUCUUAAACUGUUGUUUCGUGUAUUCACUGCACCCUUCCACAAGGUGGGCUUUGCAGAUUUCUGGCUGGCCGAUCAGCUUAAUAGUCUGGCUGUAAUCCUCAUGGACUUGGAGUUUAUGAUCUGCUACUACAGUUUAGAGCUUGAUUGGAAUUCACCUACUGGAUUGCUCAAAAAAGAUACCGGCAUAUGCAACACAUAUACAUAUGGAGUACGUGCUGUGGUUCAGUGUAUUCCUGCCUGGCUCAGGUUUAUCCAGUGCCUGCGACGAUACCGUGACACCAAGAGAGCAUUUCCUCAUCUGGUCAAUGCUGGCAAAUACUCCACUACCUUCUUUAUGGUCACGUUUGCUGCUCUUUACACCACUCAUAAAGAUCGAGAUCACAGUGACUUCCAAGUGUUUUUCUACUUGUGGAUUGUCUCCUAUUUUGUCAGUUCCUGCUACACACUCAUAUGGGAUUUGAAGAUGGACUGGGGUCUGUUUGACCGUAAUGCAGGAGAGAAUACUUUCCUACGGGAAGAAAUUGUGUACCCCCAAAAGGCAUAUUACUAUUGUGCAAUCAUACAAGACAUCCUUCUCCGUUUUGCCUGGACCGUUCAGAUUUCAGUCACCUCUUUAAACCUCUUCCCAGACGCUGGAGAUAUCCUCUCCACAAUACUUGCUCCACUUGAGGUCUUCCGCCGUUUUGUGUGGAAUUUCUUCCGUCUGGAGAACGAGCACCUGAAUAACUGUGGUGAGUUCCGAGCCGUGCGUGAUAUUUCUGUGGCACCAAUGAAUGCAGAUGACCAAACACUGCUGGAGCAGAUGAUGGAUCAAGAGGAUGGUGUGAAGAACCGUUGCAAGAGCAAGACAUGGAAACGCAGCCAGAGUAUAUCCCUUCGUAGACCACGACUGUCAUCACAGAGUAAGGCGCGAGAUGCUAAGAUUCUGAUUGAUGACACCGACGAUGAGGCGAAUACAUGAACAACACAAUUCUUGGAAAAAUCCAGCCUCAGACCACUUUAAUCAGGCUGUUACCCCAUCGUUAUGGCUUCUCUUUUUGUCUAUCUCCACAGCCUAUCUUUACUGGGUUGGCCUCUUGCACGCCUGCCUUUUCCAGCUUAAUUGAUUUAUUUUCCAAUCCAUGCACAGAGGUAACAAGGGAAGCUGCGGACAGACCUUUCCUUGCCAGAAGCUACCCUGAUGGAAAGGACUGUCGGGGAGUCAAGGGGUUGUACUCCAAUGCACCAAUCCCCAUUUAUGUAAUCUCUUGCCUGUUUCCAAACAGACUUCAAUUACCUAUUGAUUUAUUAUUUUUUAUUUUGUGCUCUCGUGCCACAUACAUCAGCAUUUUGCUGGUAUUGUUUGGUUGUUUUUUUUUGUUCUUUCACAGCUGCUAUUUUUUUCUCUUAUUUCCCCUUCCUUGAUGUUUUUCUUCACAUCCCAACUCAUGCGUUUGUUUGCAAAUCAUUAUGGGUAUUUUGUGUUCCCACCCCCCAGCAGUGCUGGAUGGGGUCCCAAUGAUAAGGGGCUGGGGGAGUGACCGUUACAUACAAGGUAUAUGUUCCUUCAUUUACGCUAUCAACAAUCCUUUGUUUUAAACCAAAGUUCCAUUAUUAUUAAUUUUUUUUCUUCUUACUCUUUAUAAACCUCUCCCUGAUUUUCUUCUGGACUAUCUUAGUGGAUAUGUUCAGAUCCUUAAUUCUUGUCUUAAAGGCUUGCAGUCAUUUCAGAAUUUGAGAGAAGCCAGUCCUGCCAAGGGCCUGUAUUCUGCUCUUUGUAAGAGCUGAGCACUCCCUCUCAUAGCCUCAACAAUCUGCACUUGGGGACUUGUGGUACUUAACCACUUUGCUGCUUAAAAUAUAACAACGGUGGGGUAAAUUGAUGGCACCCUGCCGACAGCAGAGUGGUUAAAUUUGACCCUUUCUUCCCCCCUUACUGCCAGACAAAGACAUGUAAACACUUGCAUAUUGAGGUGCAAGACAUGUCUAAAGUAUUCUGUGUGACUUCGAGUACUGGAUGUGCUGCCUUUUGGGUUAUACCCACAUUUGCCAGUGGAUCUUCCCACAAGGGCUGACAAUAGGGUAAUCAGUCUUAAACCCACCUCCUCCCUCUUCACCCAGCACUGCAGUAGAUGCACAAUGCAGUAAUUGGGAAGGGGGUGGCAGAGUACUAAUAUACCAUUAACAGACAUUAGAGAAAAUGUCACCCAGGUUUUGUUCUGAAGAUGCAAUCCAUACCUGCUCCAUGAGACAGGUCCAGAGUUAUGACAGAGCUGCCUCCCUUCCCUUUAACCUGUUUUCUUUCUCCAGUUAGUGCAAGGACAAUCUUUUAAAACUAGACCUCCUUUUUGGUUACAAUUUACCUCUAGACCAUCCUGCCUCUGUCAGUCCUACUCCCUUCUUCUCUUUUUUGCAAAGGGGAUAUUUAGAGGGAGCAGCGCCCAGAGCACUGCUGAGGUUUAUGACCACUGCUUUCUUGUCUUGCUGUAGCUGUAUACGUGCAUUGCUGUUCAGCUUGGCUUUUUCCUGUCCGUGCGCAUGCUGUGUUCCUUCUGUCUAGGGGGGAAUUAUGUGUUUAUUAGAAACGGGUUCCACUGCUGAGUUUAGGGAGAGAGUACAAGUUGCUUUUCCAGUUCAACUCAUUUGAUCACGCCCUCCAUCUUACGAACCACAGCCUUACAAGUAGACAUGCAAUUAUUGUAAACUUUGCACCAUUCACGCCAUGCGCAGAUGACGUUAACACUGCAUAUAGGAAGAAAAAAAAUCGUAUUUUUAGGCUAAUGUUUUCUUUUGUCUGGAGUUGCCAUGAAGCUUCUUUUAAUUCCUUAUGUGUUUCUAGUUAAUAUUUCCCUUCCAGAAAUAUAUCUAGAACCCACCUACCAUCUUAGCCAUAAGUCUUAGGGAGCACAUAAAAGUCAGGGAGUUUUCUUUUCAUAGACCAUGUAUAUCUUGCAGUCAUCCUUUCUUAGGUUCUCAGAACACAGCCAUAUUUAUUAGCAGUUCUUGGCCAGCCCUGGAUUACACAUUUAAUGUUUAAGCCAGUGUUGUUGGUUACACUGUUGUAGGCUUAAAACCCAUAGUGGAUGAUGGUUACAUUGUCUAAGAUUAUCUAUUUGCUGCCUGAACAUGCACAAUCCAAUCCUAUAUAGAUGUCUUUCUAGUUAUGAAAAGUGCUGUGGACAAGAUUUGUGAUCCAUGUCAUCAAAUCAUGGCUAUCCUAGUGAGGAAGUGGUUUUAACAAGUUGUUGUUUUCUUUUAAGGCCUAAUAAAUAGGGGUGCUCUCCCUGCCUCAGACAGAGGCCCGACACAAACUUGGUAGCUGUAAUGUGACAAACAUGUUCUUGUGUAAGGUGUGGUGUAAGUUCGUGUAACAAGGGAAUAGUGUCUGGAAGAGGGAUUUAGAACGUCAGGGAAUAUAGGGGAAACUAAGCACACUCCGUCCCUCCCUGCUGCACUCUCCAGCUCUCUGCCCAAUGUGAAGCUCUCUUCCUGCUAGGUGUCUUUAAUAUAAGCACUGUGACUUGUUCUAUUUCAGGUUCAUUCCUAUCUCCCCUAUGUCCCCUUCCUUUCAUUUUGUCUUCAUUGAUUUUUUUUAAUUUAACUUUAUUUUUGUUUUUCUUCAACCUUAACCCACUAUGUGACUUGCUUGUAUUCCUGAUCUUUUUUCCUACCUGCUGCACUACUUUUUUCUCUCAAAGUGCACAGGCCAGUUCUUGCUUGCUCCCUAUCUGUUACCGUGCUUAUAGCUUUCUAUUCCCCUUUGAUGGAUAUAAAGAAAUUUUCUUUUCUUUUUUUUUUUUUUUUUAAUUCUGUGGAGUACUUUAUGGUCAGUAGGAAAACUUGGCACAAAGUGCUUCUGAUUUGUAGAUUGUAUAAAAUAUUUGUGGCUUUGUGUUUAUUUUUAAUUUUUUUUUUUUGGUAAAAGAAAAAGAAAAUGA